AACGCCGAUAAACUGCAGCUUCCUAAUUUGACCAACGCGGUCAAAAACGUAACAACAUCACCGAUGCGUUCUCCAGUGAACCAGUCGAUGUUGCUUCCCAAACAAUCGUCCACAUCAGCUACAGGCAAUCCCAGGAACAAAACCGCACUAAAGCCGGGUCACUCGCUGAUGGACUGGAUCCGGCUCGGUAACUCGGGUGCCGAUCUGACCGGUACUGGGGGUCGUGUCGUACCCGUCAGCCAUGCCGAGCUCGCCAAGCAUGACCGGCUAGAAGACGCCUGGAUGGCUAUCCGGGGGAAGGUGUACAACGUGACGCGAUACAUGAACUUUCAUCCCGGCGGAGCGGAUGAGCUGAUGCGAGGAGCCGGUAAGGAUGCGACAAGACUGUUCGAGGAGGUACACGCUUGGGUUAACUAUGAAUCCCUGCUGGCGAAGUGCUACAUCGGUCCGCUACGUAAUACAGUGACCAUCAAUCUCAAUGCCGACAGCACUAAUCCCAACAGUAAGCUCCCACUGCCACCGCCAUCCUUUGCAAAAGCUUCCAAGUCAAGUGUACCGUCAACCGUACCAGCCACCUCUCCGACGGCAUCCAGCAAGGAUACGCUUGACACUGCCCCCCUGUCACCGCCACCCGUAUCGAUCGUCAGCUCGGCGAGUGACGAUUCGCUUAAGCUGUCCGUACCGAUAGUGCCACGGUUUGACUGGAUACAGAAGACGUCCGAACUGACGCUUAUCUUCUACACCCGAUCACUCGCGAACCCGGGCGUAAUGGUGGAGUGUGUCGAUCAUCUCGAGGUGACGGUUAACAUUCUGGUCGAGUCGAGCGUUCAGCAUCGUUAUCGCUUUCAUCUAGCGAACAAUGUCCGGUGGCCCUGCACUGCCCGUACAUCGCUCGAAACGGGGAAAAUCGAGCUAGUGUUCAACAAGCUGUGCCCAGCGCUUUGGACCAGCUACGGCGCGAUGACAUACGAGCGGCGUGAAAACUGUGAACUACAGCUGCACGAGUACGACGUAGCGACACGGAUCGAAAUCACGCACGAUUCGUGCGCGUUGUUGCUGCGUCCGAAAAACAACAGUCUGCUGCAGGUUACACCGGUCGGCUAUCACGUGUCGGUGACGGCUUCUAUCGAUGGCGAGUAUGUGUCGCGAAGUUACACACCCGUCCCGGCCAGCUGUGUGGGCACGGAUUGUCCCGAAACGUUUAUCCCACUGCUCGUAAAGUCGUAUGCGGAUGGAUGUUUGUCCAAGCAUUUGACACGUCCGGUACCGCUCGGUACUUCGCUGCAGGUAUCCCAACCGAGCGGAAACUUCGUGCUGAGCAAACUGCGACAUCACAAUCGAUUUGCACUGCUGGCUGCCGGCAGUGGAUUGACGCCGAUGCUGGCUUUACUGCACUAUCUGCUCGAACGGAGUAGCAAUCGGAUAGAACACAUCUGUCUGCUGUACUUCAACAAAACCGAGGCGGAUAUCUGGUGCCGAGAGAUGCUGGAAAAUUUAUGCAAAAAGGACAAAAGAUUCACCCUGCGGCAUUACUUAUCGGAGGUAGAGCUCCCGGAACAACCGCCACCGGCGGCGAGCGACGAAAACCGUUCCACCUUUGUGCAUGGUCGCGUGACACCGGACAUCAUCCGUCAGCUGACGACGAAGGAUUCACCGCUGUACGCCAGCUACUGCUGCCUGUGCGGCCCAAAACCGUUCAACGAGCUGUGCCAGCAGUACUUCCAGCAGUCGAGCUCGGACCAUAAUCCGAAACAUCUGCACUGCUUUCAGGGUUAG